AUGGUGAGAAACCAGAACCUCAGUCUGCUGCAGGGCGCUGCGGUCCGGUACCAGACCAGGGACAAGGUGACGGUUGUUGUGAUGCUGAAGCUUGCAGCUCAGGAGGACGGGAUCAGCAGGGCGAAGCAGUACAUGGACUCAGACCCGGAGACGCUGCAAGAGCUGAUGUCGAAGGACUUGGCCCUGCUGGAGGGAGACAUGGUUCUAUCGAGCGACAGGAACGCUGUGAACAACCGGUGGCCGACCAAGAAGAUCCCGUACGCCAUCAGCUCAGAUCUGGGUAAGGAGCCGAGCCGGCGCCGUCGGUUGAUGCUCGAUGGAGUCGCUGCUUCACAGUCGCUUUGUUUUCCAGUCGGCCGCACUGACGACAUCCUCGUUGCCUUGGCGAUGGUGUCCAAGCACACCUGCGUGACCUUCCACCAGAGAACCACGGAGGCCGAUUACCUGUUCUUCAAACCCAGCACAGGCUGCGCGUCCUUCGUGGGCUUCAGGGGCGGCAAGCAGCCGGUGUUUGUGGCGCCGCCGUGCAUCGUGGGAAACAUCGUCCACGAGGUCCUUCACGCUCUGGGCUUCCACCACGAGCACACGAGGACGGACCGCGAGCGCUACAUCACCAUCCUGUCCAAAAACAUCAUGCCAGGGAUGGAGAGCAACUUCAAAAAGUAUUCGGGCCAAACCUUUGACCUCCCGUACGACACCACGUCCAUCAUGCACUACGGCAGCGGGUUUUUUUCGUCCAACGGUCUGCCCACCAUCGUCGCCAACGACGACGUGAAGGGGAUGGGACAGAGGGCGAAAAUGACCGAGAACGACAUCCAGAGAGUCCGAAAGCUUUACGACUGUGACUCUCUGAAACAUGAAACCGAAGGAGAAGCGAAGCAGCACGACGACGGAAACCCAAACAUGGCCUCCGACCUCGGCGCCGCCAACAGAACCGAGCCGAGCGACGUCUCCGGACCGGCCGUCACCGUGACUCCUGCCGCCUCGCUGCAGCAGCUCAACUCCACCAGCAGGCGGCGCAGCAACACCACCGAGCCGCUCUGA